UUGAUCUUAAUUAUGGCGAGUGCGAUGCUUAUGAACUACUUGAAUGGCGCCAAAGUCCUCAUGAAACAAGUUUUUUCCAAACACAAUUCUCUUGAAGUGAUUCCUAAUUUGGAUGGAAGGGUUGCUAUAGUAACUGGAGGGAACAAGGGCAUUGGUCUUGAAACAGUCAGAGGGCUUUGCAAGGCACAGAUGACAGUUAUAAUUGCUUGUAGAGAUACAGCAGAAGCAGAGAAAGCAAUCAAAAAAAUAAGGGAGGAGUUGCCUCAAGCUGAAGUGGAAUACAUGGAACUUGAUCUGGCGAGCCUUGCUUCAAUACGGAAAUUUGUAAUGAACUUCAAGAAAAAAGGACUUCCUCUUCACAUCCUUGUGAACAAUGCAGGAAUAAUGAUUCCACCUUACAGCAAAACUGAAGAUGGAUUUGAGCUUCAAUUUGGGGUGAACCAUCUUGGACACUUUGCUCUGACCAAUCUGCUCUUAGAUGACUUGAUCAAGUCUGGUUCACCAGAUAGAUGCUCAAGGGUUGUCACAUUGUCAUCUGAAGCACACAUUCCAGGAAAAAUAAACUUUGAAGAUCUCCAGAGCAAAUAUUAUUACUCACCCUAUUCAGGGUAUAGUCAAAGCAAGUUAGCAAAUAUUCUAUUCACUUAUGAACUUCAAAAGCGCUUGGAAGAGAGAGAAAGCCCUGUAACAGCUAAUGCAGUGCAUCCAGGAGUAGUCAAUACUGAUUUGUUCCAGCAUAUUCCAUGGAUCAUGAGAAUGCCUCAGAAUGUAUUAGCUUAUUUUCUUUUUAAGACUCCUCAGCAAGGGGCAGAAAACAGUAUUUACGUUGCGUUAUCUCCAGAAUUAGAAAGCAAGGGAGGUAAAUAUUUCGUCAACUGUCAAUCAACACAAUCUUCAGAUGAGUCAUACAGUGAAGAUGUUCAGAGGAGACUUUGGAAAGCGAGCUGUGAGCUUACCGGCAUACCUGAAUGAAACAAUUGACCAUGUAACAAAAUAUUUUUAGAUUAACUGUGCAAAAGGGCAGUUUUCCUUUUUUUUUCCCGAAAAAUAACACAAAAACAUUAUUUUCUUCCAGAUUAAGAUCAAACUAAUGCAAAAUACGUAUAUUUAUGAAUUUUAUCACAUAAAAAAUAUUAGAGUCAGACAGUUAUUAUUGUGUUAGAGUUGUGUCAGUGGUAGAACACUUGCGGCUGCGGCAGCAAAGAAA